AUGCUGUCAGGAAGCGGUGGAGCUGGUGUGCUAUGCGGACGUCCCCGUCACGCUGCAGCCAUCAUCAUCCCCGUGCGCAGCUUCACCUGCGGCAAGAUCGUGGGCAACAAGUGGGAAGCCUACCUGGGGCUGCUGCAAGCAGAGUACACCGAGGGAGACGCCCUCAAUGCACUGAGCCUGAAACGCUACUGCUGCUGCCGCAUGCUGCUGGCCCACGUGGACCUCAUUAAGAAGCUGCUCAACUACCCUCCCCUGGAGAAGUGA